CCACCACACUCCCCUUUCCCUUUCCUCUCGAGCGCUUCAAUCCCGCAACUCCUCUUUCCUCUCCGGGAUUUCAAUCCCGUAACCCUAGCCCUCAAACCGAUCCCGCCGCCGGCGAGAUGGAGCCCCUGGGGCUGCCGAGCACAUCCUCAACCACCACCACCCUUUCCUCCCCGGGAUUGCAGUUCCGCGACCCUCGCCGUCGAACCGAGCCUGCCGGCGGCUAGAUGGAGCCCCUUGGGCUGCAGCAGUUGGCGCUGUUGGACGGCGACGACCAACUCCAGAUAAUACGCGACCGCGAGACGGAGAUGACGCGCUGGCCUACAGUCGAGAGGUUGGGUUUCGUGCUCCGCCGGCGGCUGGGUACCCGGAUCGAUGAGUACGACCAGCGGGUGUGGCCAUCCUGCUCCCAUGGCGAUAAGGGGCUGGAACUUGUCCGGUCCAUGCUGAAACAAGCCACCGACAAGCCCAUCGAGGAGGCCUAUCUCGAGGCGUUCCGUCGGCUCCCGGUGGACGCCAUGCCGGACCAAGCUGAGUGUGCUUACCUCGGCGGCCAUUGCAUCGGCAUUCUCGACCCCGUCUCCAACAUCAUCCUCAACACUCUGAAUCUACUCGCCAUCCAAGGACCAGCUCCCGCCAACACCUGUCAACCCUCAUAUCCGCAGCACUUGGUCAGGGAUUGCCUUUGACUCAUAUUGUGCCAUCCUCGCAUUCUUGCGGGUUUAUUUUCGCUAUAUCUCCGAGGAGCAGGCCAGAUUCUACAUACACCUCUCCGGCGGUGAUUUGGUUGUCGCCAUCUGCAUUGCGGAGAUCGAAUUGACACAGUCAACCACCAUCAUGCAAGAAGACCACAUUGCAGUCUGCCACUCUAAUCUCUUCCGUGACAGGGCCAAGCUUGGCCUCCGCAUUGCAGCAAUCAAGGUCGAUCACCCAAUGCCUGAUGAUCUCUUGCUGCUAUUCCAGGGGCAGCCCACGGUCGAUCACUCAAUGCCUGAUGAUCUCUUGCUGCUAUUCCAGGGGCAGCCCACGGUCGAUCACCCAAUGCCUGAUGAUCUCUUGCUGCUAUUCCAGGGGCAGCCCACGGUCGAUCACCCAAUGCCUGAUGAUCUCUUGCUGCUAUUCCAGGGGCAGCCCACGGAGGCCAUGAGAUCCUUGCUGGCAACACUGGAGGAAGGGCGCUGCUUAAGUGUCGAUGACGUGGAAACCUUCAUAAAGGUUCUGCACUACCAGCACCUUGUGGUUCCGACUGACCUGCACCUCACAUUGCCUCGCACUCCAAGCAGCCCAACGGACUCUGGCUUUGGUUGCCGUUUCAACCUCAACGACGGAGCAGACACCAUGGCAGCAACAGUUACCUUCCAGCGCCGGGAAGCUUUCAAUCUUGGCAACUUGCGUUCAUCCAAGUAUGUACUCAGCAAGAUCAGAUCCUCCAUUGGGCUCAUGCAGGGUUUCACCCAACACACUCCUAUGGAGGUUGCUGACGCAGCCCCCACGUGCCAACACAUUCACUCAAUAAAAAUGUCUCCUCGACAUCAUACAUGCCUUUUAUGUCAAAGCUCUCGCCAAGCUGCCCAACUCUUAUGCCCAAAGGUUUCUCCGUGCUAUAAUGGCGGCAGGGCACUGCUAUGGCCUAUUGGAUCCUGUCUCCAACAUCAUCAUCCAUGCUGUUUGGUAUGACGUCAUUGCUCCUCCACGACACAACGGCUCUAAAAUUCAGCCUGAUAUCCUAGGCGCCACUGCUUUGCGCCGUCUAGAGAUUAGAUCACUCAAUGGCCUUAUUGCGGCUGUUCGUGUUGCUAAAGAUUUUUCAGAGCACAAGGCUGUGCAGUAUCUUCGUUCAAUACGGUGUGAUUUGUCUAUCAUGCCAGUGAUGUGGCAAUCACCACAAAAAAGUGUCCGCAUAUUACAUCAUGCUAGCAAGGCUGCAAGCCACCCACUGGAAGAGCACCAUAUGUCCAGUCUUGGCUUCCUGUUUGACCCUGCUACCGCGUCCUACCUGGACUAUAUCUUUAAAGAUGCAGGAAAUCCUCUCUCCGAUGCCUUCGUCACAAAUUUGCACCUAGUGUGCCAAAACAUAUUACCAUCAUCAUUUUAUGGGAUUGCUCCACAAAAUACUUCUAUGCCAGGGUUACCAGAGAUUGCACCUACCAGACACAACUUGGAGCAGAAGCAACUUUUUCUUCGUGGAGAGCUUGGGGAACUCCUUCGACUCUACGCCAUUCAACAUCCAUCGGAACCAUUAUAUAAGGUGGAGAUGAUUUGUGGCGUUGACGAGCAUACCAGAUUGUUCUAUUCACAUUGCUAUCACCUCAAUUUCUUGGCGGCUCCACAGGCCUUGGCGCCACGCGUACUGUUUUUCGCUCAGAUUCUGAAGCCAACAUCUCAAAGCAAAGAAUCUGAUGGUGGUUCGUUUUGCUGCCCGCUUCCAUAUUAUGAUGCCAACAAUCCGUUUCCUGGACGAUGCUCAAUGUGUGAGGUCAGUAUGAGCAACAUAAUACACCCUUCUUCUGGUGCUCACAGAACCUAAAAGGACAGUAGAUUUUGCAUAUGCGUGCGUGCCAAAUUCGAUGAAAUGCUAUCAGACUUGUGGCGAUGACCUCAGUGAAUCCGAGUUGAGCUACUUUACCGAACCUGUGGAUCUUUUUGCUUCCGCUCAACCUUCGUCCUCGGGAUAAAGAAGCCGAAGAACGCUACUUUGCUGGCAUCUGCCUAUGUGGUGCCACUCCAUCAGAAGCUGCGAUGUCUUGACCUCUUUCCAGACUCCCUGAAGUCCCUUCUGUUUUUGGAGAAAAAGAUUCUAGUUGUAAAACAUGAUGGCAGCGGUAGUAUGACACUUGGGCAGUUCACUGCAUGCACGUAUCUUGUAACUUGUGUUUCAUGCUCCGGGCCACCUAAUACUAAUACUAAUGAUGUCCUGUGAUGAAUGAUGGAACGUUUCUGCUACAAUGUGCAUAUUAUGUACUUUUUCCCGCGUUGCAAUUCGACAGGACAAAUGAAUGAGCUUUUUGUUCCGUAGAAUGCAUAAUAUUGUUUGGUAGAAUAAAUCAGUAGGCUGUAAAGUUGCAUCCAUGAAUUUGAGGUCAAGCUGAGAAGCAAUUGCAAGGUGCCCAGAGGAUUCCCUUUUUGCUUUGAA